AUGGCGCUUGCCGUUCGAAGUGCUGCACCGUUGCAACCAGAGACAAGGCUGGCACAGGUUCUCUCUAAAUAUGAAGCUCUGCUCGCGGACGGCGAGAAGACAAGAUUCCGCGACCAGCAAUCGGAACGACCUCCUACUGUCUCAGAUGUGAUGAAACUCACAGAUGAAAUCGAUCGCAACCACAGCCGUCGCAGGAGUCGCCGCUGCUUUGGACCUCGCCUCAUCAGUGUACUCGAAGCCGUCCAACAGUUCUCGGCCAUUAUCGACGCCAUCAUAGGAGGCUCUCAAUCACUUAUUGCAAGCGCAAUUUGGGGCACGUUGAAAUUGACUCUACAGCUGGCUUGCGGAUUUGCGUCUUACUUCGACAAUCUAUCCGCUCUAUUCAUGCAGAUCGGGCGAAACUCACCCCGGAUUCAGGACUACGGCGUUCUAUACCCAAAGUCUCCGAGGCUGCAGGUCGCCGUCUCAAAUUACUUCUGGGGCAACACCACCAACAACACCACCCCCAUAGAGGCAGCGGCUACGGCAGCGAAGCGCCUAGCACGGCGACGGCAUUGA